UUCCUCGAACAGGAAGUUUUACAUUCAUCCACCUCCAGUCGACACAUUCUCAUGGUGCUGACACAUUGAAUUUAACUCGCAGUUAGUCGGUAACUUCUUUUUCUCAUGGCGUUUUACUGAUCGAAUCUGAGAGAGGAUCAGUGAGACAGAAGAUGAUUCUCAGAGGAGUUCUGCUGUGGCUGUGUCUGGGUCUGUCGUCCUCCGUGAAGGUGUUGACAUGGCCCCCCCUCAACUGCUCCACACAGGGGUUGUGGUGUACCGUCACGACAAGUAACUGUAUGGACAUAAGUUGGCUGGACCUUAACAACUACACUCCCAGCAGUCCAGAGGAGCUGCAGGUGUCUGUUGCCACCAGGCGGGACGAGGCAGGACACCUGCAGCCUGUACUGGACGCCAACUGGAAGAUAAAGGAUGAUGGAAGCAUCAAUUACCUAAAGGCCACAGAGCUUCAUGUUCUGGUGAUGUCCACAAAUCAGAACCUGUGUGUUCGAUAUUCCUUCAAAGGCAAACUCCCGAUGAGAAGUCCGUCAGGGGAAAAGUGGUCCUUCUCAGCUAACAUGGUGAUGUUGGAGCCUGGUAAGUGUUACCGGGUAUCUGUGUUCAACAUCCCAAAACCUGAGGUGGGCCACAGCGACUACGACAUCAGUAAGGAGGUCAUUGUUCCUGAUUGUAAAGAUCCCACCAUGCAGAUGACCCAAUUUUGCAUAGAGAGAGGGACUCUGUGGCGGGCGAACAUCAGUCUGGUUAAGGUCCCAGCAGCCGGGGACAGGUCUGAGCUGGCUUUCAGCUUCAGGCCCGACGCACUGUGUGAGGAGUACAUCGUUAUUGUGAGCUGCUCCGGUGAUCAACAUACAGACCGCGUAAACAAGGCCAAUCGCACAACUCUGAAUGCGACAUUCAGCCUUGAUAAAUGGCCGAGAUCCUGCUGCCAGUUCGACGUUCAGGUCAAACCUCUUUUCCCACAGUGUGGCAACGACUGUACCCGUCAGGAAACAACUCUGCAAAUUUGUGACGUUAAACCGAAAGAUCCAGCCAUCCCCGGUGUUCCCUCGUACACAUAUGUCAUCCUGAUGUUUCUGUUGACGUGUGUAGUGACGGCAGUUAUUUCAUGUGUCCUCUGCAGGGAGCCAGGCAAAAUUCGUGAUACUGCAGCACCUCUGCCUGGUUUCAAAGUGGCACAGCAUCAGCUUGAACAGCCUCCCAAAGUGCUGGUCAUCUACUCCCAGGACCACUACCUCUACAGGGACAUAGUGCUAAAGCUCUGCGCCUUCCUCCAGGUCAAGUGUGGCGCCAAGGUGCUGGUAGACCUGCUAGACUCCACCUCGGUUGGCAUGGUGGGUCGCCUCCGCUGGCUGGAGUGGCAACGGCAACAGCUGAAAAAUCCGUCUGACAAAAUUCUGGUGCUGUGCUCUCAAGGCGUUCAGGCAAAGUGGAGGGCGUUGUGUGGUCAAGGUCGGGUGACGCUGAAGGAGGACCUCCUCUCCCCCACAGAUGACAUGCUCACCCCCUUUCUCCACCUUUUCCUACCAGACAUGCACCAGGCAGGCAUGCAGGGCAAGUACAUGGCAGCAUACUUCGAUGACAUCAGCAGCGAACAAGACAUACCAUCGUUUUUCGACAUCACGGUCAAAUACAAGCUGAUGAAGCAUUUUGAAGAGCUGUACUUCCGCAUUGUGGACAUCGAAAAGUACCAGCCAGGUCAGGUCAACCACAUCGAGGGCAUUGGCGGAGACGAGUAUUUCAACUGUCCCUCGGGCAGAGCCCUGAAGAACGCCAUCGACAAUUUCCAGGCCUACCAGUUGGAGAAUCCUGAUUGGUUUGAGAGGGAGUGUGUGGAUGAUGAGGAGGAGGUCAUGACUGAUGCCAACCUGCUGAUUGAGCAGCUGCAGAUCCCUCCAGUCCUACAGUGUGUUCCUCUAAUCAGAGACGGCCCUCCUGUCUGCAUCCAUGAGGUAGAAAUCACUGAAAAUUGUGACAGUAUUUACGUCCUCACACCCGAACUGAGCUGCCAGCAUCCACUGUCAUCAGUGAUGGAACUAACACUAGAAGUAAACCCUGAGUACAACCAUCAGUAUCCAUCAGACCUGGAUGAAGUGUUAACAGAUCACAUGCACCCUCACCGCCCCAGUCCAGGAUCUGUCUACAUAGUUGAGCCUGUUUUACACAAUCCCCCAUUGCCAAGACAGAACUGGCUAUCGCUUGAGGGAGAACCACUGGGUCAAGUUCCCACUGAGGAUGAUGAAGAUGAUUCCUUGCUGCAAAGAAGCCAACCCUCUGCUCAGUUGGACCUGAGAAGCUCGGCCCGACAGAACUCUCACAACUCAAACCCUUCAGAAUCCUCAGGUGCAAACAUGAGGAGUGAUUAUCUCCCUCCGUCUGACAUCGGCCGCUCCCUGCCUGUGGAGAUGGAGGAGGAUGAGGUUCUGGUUCCCAGUGGAAAGGGUCCAAACAGUGGCUCGGAUCAAGGCUACAUCUCCAAAAUUCCCUCUCAGCAUGAAUCCCCCUUCAAAGAAGAACCUCUGGCUGCGCUGGCAAGGCUGCAGGAGGAGCUCUUUCAGCAGGAUCUCAGAUAUUCAGAUUUAGAUCUUGAGGGGGACUGACGCUCAUAGUCCACCCUAAGCCAUAGGUGCCAGACUUUUCCAGUUUUAACCUACAUUACUUGUGUGAGCACCAUACGUUCAGAAUAUAAGAGGAAUCAAGAACUCUAAAUGCUGUAUGUGGAUAUGGACAGUGAUUAUCCAUUACUUGUGGCCAGUAAAGUGCACAUAUAACAUAUGUUAUGAACAAUUCUGAAUAUAAUAAUCCAUACAUUAUCAAUACGUUAAUAGUAUCAAUAUGAUCAUGACUUCAUGGAACAUAAACAGGUGAAUGUACAUUGUCGUAUGUGGAUGUUGCACCAUGUUUUGGCCUGAUUUGAUCAUCCUUGAUUUGGUGAGUAGGGCUGGCCCCUCACAGCAAGAAGACUGCCGGUUCGAAUCCCAGUUUGGCCGUGGUCUUUCUGUGUGGAGUGUGCAUGUUGUCCCCGUGUCUAUGGUCUAUGUGGGUUUUGUCCGGCUUCCUCACACAGUCCAAACCCCUGUAGAUUGGGAUUAGGUUAUUCGGAGACUCUAUAUUGAAUGUAGGAGUGAAUGUGAGUGUUACUGGCUGUUUGUCUCUUGUAUGUUUGUCGUGUGAUUCGCUGGCGACUUGUCCAGGGUGUCGCUGCCUCUCACCCAAUGCCAGCUGGGAUUGGCCCCGGCUCUCUCUCCUGUGGGCCUCAAAGGAUAAGAGGUAAAGCCCAUGGAUGGAUGGAUGUUGGACAGUUGCACACUCUUUUCAUGGAGCCAACAUCUAGAGGUCAUCAGACAGAAAGAUGGAUUAUAAACUAAGCAAAGCAGAAUCUGCCCAGCACACACCAGAGGAUUCAUUCAGGAUCAUCAGAAUCUGCAGGUUCCAGAUCCAGGAUCUCUCUUCCAAACACUCUCCAAACCAAAAUGAUAGUAGCUUUAAGAUCACAUUUGUAUGUCCUACGCAAUCUUGAGAAAAGAAGCAUUUGGAAUAUCUACUUAAAAUUGUGUUUAAGGCACUUUGAUAAUAUUUGCUCUCAAUCAAGUUGCUAUUAACAAAUAAAAUAAAAACAAGUGGGUUAUUUUGCCCCACAUUUAAUUUUUUACCUGCAUUGAAGGAAACAUUGUGAGUUAUCUAUAUUCAAACUUAUUGGUUUAUGUCAUGUAAAUAUUAAGUUUUCUUUGUUAAAUACUGAAUCUAACUUGCACUCAUCUUUGUUUCCCUCAGCUAUAAAAGAAUGCUUCCUAA